GCUGCUCAUUGGUCGCGGCUUUCCUAUCUCAGCUACAUUUCCAUUCAUGCACCCUGCGCUCCUUUUCAGCCCCCUUUCUUAAUAACUCACUGUCAUCAGUAUUGGGGAAUCAGCUUCACCGGGACGGGACUAAUUAGUUAAAAUAAAAAAUUGGUGGAAGAGAAAGCAGAUCGAGAAAAGAGAUCGGACGAGCGACACGAACACGACAGGUGAGUGUGGAAAUCAGCCUUGGAAAAAGUUGAUUCGAGUUCAGAAGUUGUGCUUUGAGAAAGUUUGCGGCGAAGAUGUGCAUGCACGAGGAGAAUCGAUCAUUUUUCUUUCGUUUUAUUUGUAUUAUUGAUGUCAGUCACGUUGUAAAGACAUGCAUGUCAAUCGGUAAAGAAAAUAAAUGAACAGACGCUUUGAGGUUCGGACGGUGCAACAAAAUUUACGCAUCCGUCCAAACCUGUGUGCUGAUGUUUGUGUUUGUAAGCAUCACAAAUGUUUUAAAUAUCUAUACCCCAUUCAUAAUCCACGAUGAAUUUGAGUUUUCACGUGGAGUAAUACUGAUAGUGUGUGAGUUCAGCUAAUCGCAGCCUGAUUCAAGUCUGUGCGUGGAAUGCGUAUUAGCUGAGAAAUCAGUUGGCUCUCGCUUAUGAUGGAUAACAGCAAGGUAAGAUGCUUAAAAUGUAACACAAGAGGGGUCCCAGCCCACGGGGCUGUCUCGAAGGGAGGUUCACGCCGUUACUCACCAGUCCUCCUCUGUCUAAUUGGCUGCAGAUGCGGUACCCUAUGCUCUUUUUACCGCGCAGAAAUUGGAUGCAUUUGGGGAACUUUAUGAGGCGAGCCCUGCGUUUGCCUGCUGGAGUUGAGAGGACAAAAAAAAAAAAAAAAAAAAAAACAUUGGUCCCAUGCAUGCAUUUAAACUGUGCCACGUUCAUAUAUAAGCCCUCCUUCUUGGCUAAUUUAUCAAGAGGCAGGCAUUCCUGAAAACGUGAAAUUGUCCUGUAAAAAAAAACAGAAAUUGAAUCGUGCCAUUAAACUCCUAUAGCGUGAGGAGAGCUUUUUCUCCUCCUGAAUUUUUAUUGUUUCAUUUCUCUUUUGACUGAAUCCCUCUUUCAGCCACUGGCUUGAGAUCACAGGACUCUUAAUCCGCAUCCCCUAAUAAUUAGACUAAAACGCACUGUUGCUAAAAGGUUCCUGAUUGUAGAUUAAUAAUCCUGACAGGUCAGAGCUCUCAACAGGCUACUGAACAGAAGAAGGGCGUCCCAAUGGCCUUGUUGAGAUGUGUCGAACUGUAAAGGUGCGUCCUGGUGCCAAUAUAGAGGUCCAUAUAUGUUCAUAUGCUUAAUCACACAGUCUAUAUAACGGCCAUUUGUGAUGGUAUGUGCCACUGCCUCUCUAAUAAUUGCACGGGGAGGGAAGGGCUAAAGACACCGUCCUCUAAGUGCCCUUUCACCCGAGACUUUGUAAGCUGCACUUAUUAAAGCGAAAAGUGUUUCAAUAUGUGGUAAGCUUGAGGGGAAAACGUGAUGGGGGUUGGGAUGGGGCCCUCUUCUUCUUACUGCCCAGCUCCUAUUGGAGUAAUUCAUCCAUGUUAGCAGUAGUUCAGUGGUGUAAUUUCCAUCCGUUGGUGUUGUUAAUGUAUGGGAAGAUGUAAUUAAAACGUAUCGCCGACCACGUUAGAGAGAGAGAGAGAGAGAGAGAGAGAGAGAGAAAAAACAUGGUGCUCCCGGAAUGAAUCAAGGGAUUAUGUGUGCAGUCAGACAAACAGAGGCCAUUAAGCAAAUUUGACUUCUUUAUUUUGCUGGAAGUGGUGUAACCUUUGAGUGCUCUGUGUGGAAGUUCGGAAAACCCACGGAAGUUUGUGGAUGUUUGCUGUGCAGCACAGAGCUGUCAUGUCAAGUGUGGGUCAAGCGGUGUCUUCAUAAUUGUUGAAUUCUGUUUAAUUGUUUUGGUGUCUGAUUAAGCGAAGUGAAGUGUGCGUAAAAAUGGAACCGGUGAUAUUGAUGUUUUUUCUUUGGUUUUCCUUCCAGGGCCCACCGGAUAUUCAGCACCCCUGGGCCUGUCUGUCAAGAAGACAUGUUUCAGACUGUCCCCGACACGUCGUCUUACGUUAAGGUAAGACACCACCGCUUCUACGACCAGGUAAAGUUGGACAGAAAAACUGGGGUAUUCUCUUUUUGUCUUAACUUACACUCAGUCUCUGUCCUUUACAUAUUCUACAACAAAUAUCAUCAAUAUCAAUGUUAGCCCGAGUUCAAAAUACUCAAUUAAAAAAAUAAGAAUUUUAAAGAUAAUGUGGCCCCAACACCUGUAACUAAAAACAGUACAUUUGGACUUGGAUCCAAAAAGCUUCUGUUAUGGCUUACUGUCAUGUUUGACGUCACUUCUCUCUCUCUCUCUCUCUCUCUCUCUCUCUCUCUCUCUCUCUCUCUCUCUCUCUCUCUCUCUCUCGCUCUCUCUCUCUCUCUCCCCGCCACAGUACUGACAAUGUAAAUAAAGCAAACUGCGCACAUCUGGUUUUCACAUAACAGAAUGCGCACUACGUCUCAUAUGGCGCAGCGUGAAUACCUGCAACUCCUGCAUAAAUACAUACCUGAGACACAGAAAGCAUUAAGAUCUAUUUUUAUAUAAUCAUCAUAUAUGACAACAUAAUGUCCUUUGAACAGUGGGGCCUAUGUGUGCUCUUUGCUCACUGUUGUGUCAGUUGACUUGGCUGGCUGCUUGGCGUUUGCUCACAUCCAUCAUAAUAUUGCCGAGGGUGACUGCCCGGAUUGUGCCUCAUUAAAAUGGCCCAUUGUGCAGAGGCAAAGCUUUGGUAAUAUCUUCAUAAUCAAGGUAUUUUCCAGGAGAGACUUGUUAAUGUUUCGAGGAGUUUUUCCUCUUUGAAUAAGGGCUCUUUUCAUCCAGCCUCAGCGUUUGUACCACUGCUGAAAGACUCGGCGUUUCAGCUUUCGGGACAAUUCCUGAUUUGUUAUGAGAAAAUUGAAUACCUUAGAGUCAUUUAAAGGGGUGGUUAUACUUAAAACGAGUUUCUCAUUUCUCUCCAAAAGACAGGGGCUUAAUACGCGUAAAAGCAAAAAGUCGAGGUUUGAGUUUUAAAGUCUCUUUAGGGGUUAUCUCUCCUCAGCCUCGAUUAUUUAUGUUUGAUCUGACUCUAAUAAUGUUAUUUUUCUGUUCUACCCAGGCUCAGAGGUUGCGUGUAGUUUAUGCGUGCAAGUGCCUCACUCGCAUUCAGGAGAUAUUGGUCAGAAAUGUGGCACGCCUCAAUACAAAAUUUAAAGAAAUAUUCCCCCAUUCAAGCGAAUCCACGGCCCAGCAUUUGGUUUUGUUUGGUUAAGGCCAGGCGAGACUGGAACUCUCCAAUAAAAAUAAAUCUCAAAUUAAUUAUGGCCUAGAGCGAGGGGCCAGACAGUUCGUGCUUAUGUGUGCUGCAGACUCCACGUUUUGCCCUCAGUAUUUUGACUCAGGCUGCCUUCUUAGCUCGGGAGGAGGAAUGAUCUGAAUACAAGUCUGCAGUGUAAUAAACAGCAAAAACUUCGCAGGCUCACUCUGGCUGGGACUAUUACUUUAGUAGAAUAACACUCAAAUAGUUUCCCAUAAAGACUUAUUUUGAUAAUUCCUCUGAACUGUGCUGCUAUUGUGCCAAUGUGCCAAUACUUUGGUGGCAACAAUACAGAUUAUUGUCAUUAAGAAGCGAGAAAAAAACGGGUUUAACAGUCUCUUCAUGUUAAUAUUUGACUGAUACAUCAUUGGCUGAACUCUUCUUUAUCUCAUUCAAGUCUAGAACUACAUACACUAGAUCUUUGGUAUGUCUUCCUGCAAGCUGAAAAGGAAAGGAUGAGCCAAACAAUUGAAGGGCUGCUUAACUUAAACUCCGCAUAGUGUCCGCCCACCUCUGGCUGCUUGCCCCGCAUGCAGUGGAGAGAAAGAAGAGCUACUGGCUCGUGGUGUAAGGAAGAAAUGUCUGGCUGUCUAGUUCCAGCGUAGAGCCAGAUGUUCUGUGGUUCACUGUGUAAACCAACUUGCAUCUGUUUAUUUGCCUUCCAAAAUGUUUGUUACCACUGUAUUUGUUAUGGGCUUGAUAGGCCCUGGACCCCCAGUGGUCGUAUUGAUUUCUUACGGCUGGAGAUGUCUGCUAUAUUUUGAUUUAAAGAGGCAGAGCUCUGCCUAGAGAAGAGAGUAUGUGUGAUGUUGGUUGAUUGGAAAAGCAGAUUUUUGGGAGAACAUGAGGAUUUUUAUGUAAUUGAAAAGUAUUUUGCAGUCAUAUUUAAACACUGCAGUUCACUUGUUUCUUAAAGUACCUAUGUGGAUCUGAGAUAAACAGAGAAGCACGCUGUGUGGAAAAAGGGAAAUUUUUAAGAGAAGUUAUUCUGACCCCCAAUAAAGCUUUAAUUGUUGAGUCACAUCUUCUCCGGCUCUUCCAGAUUCUUCCUUAUCACUGCCUCCCCACAGUAAUAUGGAUUAAUGAAAGCCCCCCAGAGUCGGGAAUGUAAAGAAAAACAAAGAAAAAAAUAUAAGAAAAAAAGAAACCAAACCAGCAGUCAGCAAAGAGUUAAACAAGGUGUCUCCCUUAAUUACACGAGUCUGAACUGGCCUCAGGCAGGAGAAGCCUUGACCCUUAGCAGGAUCCAGAUGUGGUGGUCCCAAGGGUGGGGGCCCUCAGCUCCACCAUCAGACCCCCAAGUUGGAGAGCAGACAGGCCGGCCCUGCUGUCAGUUGCUGCGGCGGCGCGGUCUCUGUUUGGCCACUCAGAGGCCGCUCCCCAAGGCAGGACCCCAACACUGCAAAAAAUAUUCAGCAUCAAACUUUGAAUUUAACACACUAGCUGUUCAAUAACUUUAUCUUAAAUAGAGUUGAUGUUUUUUUCUUUUACGUGUAAUAGUCGUUUGGGGGAAGAGGGUGUCGAAAUGGAGUAAACAGAGAAACAUGGGAUAUUUUAUUCCUGUCAAUAUGUUGCUUAAUAUCAGUGUUUUAUUUGUCUUACAUGUCUUUUGGGAAAAAAAACCACAAUGUUAAAAAUGCAAAUGAGGCAGCAGAUCUGUGAAAAACAGACUCUUCUUGCAGUGUUUGUGGUCUAGUCUCCUUCAUAGUCGUCUCACAUCUGCACAAUUAUGCUCAAAUUGAUGAGGGCAAUUUCAUAGGGCAGACAAAGGGUGGGGAUUACGCAUUCCCCCCCCCCCCCCAUUUCUCAACUCAGGCGAGCAGAAAGGAACCAUUAGAUAUCAACAGGUAGCUCCGAAAUAUGUAUAAAAACAUAUAAGCUGUAUAGUGUCUCAAGUUUCAAUGAUGGAGUUUAUUCAAGUCCUGCUCUAAACAGCAGACACACACGUGUAGCACAGACCCGCAGACUGGAGUGCGGUCAGGAGCUGAAUGCUUGGAUUUUAUUAAUGGUGUCUCAGGAAAAACUUCACAGAAGCUCCCAGAGUGCUGCAAAGGAAGGAAAAAAGACAAGGUUGCAACAACUCCUGUAGGUGUUCAGGUUUCUCUCCUGUUUUGAUUUAGAGCUCCUUCUGCAGCUAGUUUGAGAAACAUCUGUCCAAAAGUCGAGGGUAAACUUUAUUUCGUGUACGACUAUCACUAUAAUAGUAAAAAAAAAAAAAAAAGAAAACACAGAAUGGGCUGAUUUAUAGAAGGAUGGAGGCAUGGCCAGAUGCAGGACUUAAAGUGUAGGCGUGAACCGUAAGUUCUCUAAAACACGAGAUCAAAUAAUCCGCGAGAGUUACACGCACACCCUAAAGCCAAAGCUGAAUGUGUGCAGAAAUAAUUCAUAAAUCGGACAAAUAAUAAACGCGUACACACUAUCUGUGACAUUACUUGGAGGAAAACAACACAGCCCACUUUUACAGCAAGCUACCCAGCAAUGGCUGUGCACAAGGCAGGCAGUCAUCCUGUAAAUAUUUCCGAGCAGAAAAACAUAACAGCGGAGCGAACACUCAAUUGUUUUCCCUGCUUAUCUCUCUGGGACAGUAUCCUGCUUUUUUGAAGGCAGGGCUUUCGGUGACACACAGCUUCCUUCUCAACCUUCUCAACAGUGGUGACUUCACUUCCCAAAUUUAGAGGAAAGAAAAAACUCAAUCCGGUAAAAGUGUCUCUUUCUCUCCGCCACAUACCGGGGGCUGGAAUUAACACAGGAGCGUGUCAUGUUCGGGAUAUUGUCGGGGUCCGCUGAAAUUUGCGCAAAAUGGACGGAACUAUUAAGGUAAGGGUGGAGAACGGGGUGUAUGAGUUUGUGGGAGACUGCUUUUUCGGAGUUGCGCCUCCUUUUUUUAAGCAAUGGGUUGAAAUGCCCCUCUGUGUUGGUGUGUGAGCCGGGACCUCCAAUCUGACGACGAUGAGCGGCUUUUUUCUCUCAGUCUGAGAGCGGUAACCAGAUUACCCCCUUUUCCCCCCUCAUUCUGAGGAUAUCGACUUUCCUUUUCAUUGAUAUCUGGCUGGUUAUGAGAAAACGCUACGGUGCGGAUUCAGAGCAGAAUCACGCUUUGGAUUUGGAGACCAGGCGCACAAUUACGCACGUCUGGAAGGAUGAAAAGGAGUGGCUAUGUGUUUUAGACAACACGUUGUAAACUUACUUUCAUGUAAGUAUAACUUAUCCACGAGUUCAGCGAUUUAGUUUAGUCUGGCCAGUGGGGAUUGAGCAAUAGCCAUGACUGGAUGUACCGCUGGAUACGAUGUGUAGAGCUGCGCAACGGCGGUGUGGCACAUCGCCCGGCUGAGGUGGAGGAGUCUGACAUGGGUCAAAAACUGUGAAACUUUUGUAUUUGUCUACUAAAGAGUCCUUUUUUCUUACGCUGUUGUUGGUUUUAAGUCAUCCGCCUCCGUCGCACAGCUCUGUCGAUGUGUAAUGAAAGCUGUCAUUUGGUUACUUCACGCGGUAACUGCUCAGUUUGCAAAACUUAAAAACCACAAGUCUUCACAAUGAUACCCUGGCUUGCUCCUCUUAUAGUUACACAACUAUUUUGAAACGGUAUGUUGGUAGUCAAGAGCUCUGCUGUGCUCAAACACUGGCUACUGGCCCCCGACAGUCAAAUUCCAGAUGCAUUAUGGCUGCGGUCACCAGAUGUUGAAUGGCAAGUCGUGAUUAGUUUGCCCCGCGAUGCUUCAGUCUGUGUCCUCCGGUUAACAAGUGGAGGCACAGAAGACUGCAGCAUCUGCAUUUGCUCUCAUGUUACUGAAAAAUGAUGUGAUUUGUUUUCUGCUGGAAAUUUAAAGUAGCGGCUUUGCGGCGGCUGGGUGUGGUGUGUGUUUUGGAGUAUAAACGUUGGCCAGACAAGAAUGUCAGGCUGCAUAUAGUCACUUAAAUCCCGUCAUUUACCGCUCACAGCACCCUGAUUGUUUUCUUAUCGGGGUUAAGUGACAUGCUGUAGUGGUGCUUGGGUGUCUCAGCUUGGAGCCGAAACAAAGCAAGAGGUUGUUACAAUUAAUGUAAUCAUAAUUGAAUCCUUGGGUAUAAAUGACUGGCUGCUAGCUGCAUUCAUGCUCGCUAAAAGAAAGGAAGGGCUCUCUAGCCAUGAGAGCUUCCUGUUCUACACAAUCUUUUCCUGACAGGUUUCCUCUUCCUUCUUAAACAAAGGGCAGGAAUGCCCCCCCUGGGUGGCUCCUGCUUGAUGGCUGUGUGUGAACGUCAAACAAUCACACGUGUAGUCUGGAUGUGGAGCUAUUGCAUCUAUCCAGCCUGCUCCAGACGCGUCGUGACGCAUUUGGAGAGAUAGAGUGGGCUGAUGUAAACAGAUCAGAGGUGGCUCCCAGCAGGUGUCACACUCACACAAUGCUUGUGAUGGUGCCUGUCCUGCAGUUCCUUUUAUAAAGUAAUGCCUCUCAAAAACAGAAUACAGAUUUUACAAAUGUUUUGAAAGAAAAAUACGUUUAUUAUUAUUAUUAUUAUUAUUAUUAUUAUUAUUAUUAUUAUUAUUAUUAUUGGUAAUUCUUCGUUCUGGGAAUCUUGAUAUCAUGUUACCCACAAGUGGCUGGAAACCACAGAGAUUCUCAGUAGACAUUGUGAGACAAAUAGAAAAACUCUGUUACUGUUAGCGCUCACUGGCAGUAUGUGUGUUUCCCACAGAUACUGGAAAGAAAACUCAGGCACUGGUCUGGCACCAGUCUGUGAUCCUUUUAGCUUCUCUUUAUGAGUGUGGUGUGUCCUAUUUUAGAAAAAAAAAAAAAGCCUCUGCAAUCUUGAUCGACUCCCACCACUUGCCAAUCAUAGCUUCAAUUGUACAGGCUGAUAUGUCAGUGAAAAUAUAACACGCAACGCUCUAAAUAGUCGACUAAGCUCUUAUCUGGUCGCAAUGAGACAUUCCCUCACUCUUCUACACUUUAUCAUCCGUAGACUAGCUGCUGUGCUCUGCUGAGAUAGAGAGUCACACUGCCAGGGUUCAGACUAUGAUGGAUCCACUGAUGAAAUCAUUGGAAAACCUAACUUUAGUGGGAUAGUUUAAUGCGUUUGAGCGGUUCAGCUUUGUCAUCCACCCAUCACCCUUAAGUGUAGUGGCUUAUUGUGGUAGUUUAAUAUUUGUGUCUCAUUUUUGAUAUAUGUAAUACGUCAGAUACAUGGCACUAAGUAAAAGACUCAUCAAACCCUUUCAUUAAGCUUGCUUUUAGAUAAUUUUAUCUUCUAAUACAGAUUGAAUUUGCCUAAGAUAGUUGAAAAGUAUUACAAAUUGCUGGCAAAACUUAGGAUCAAGUGAAAUGUUUUGUUUCUUAUUUAUUUUGAAAUCAAAAUCCUAUUUUUUGUUCAUCUUUGCUUAUUUUUCUGAUUCAAGAGCUGAGUUGUCUCUAAACUACGCAGCAUCACCUGUUUUCAUUUUAUGUUUAAGUUAAAAUCAAAAUCACUCUCAUUUAACUUGUGUAUGUUAUGUGCCAGUCAUAAAAGACACCUGUACUUUAACUUUUGUCGUAAAGAAUCUUAAAUAUAUUGUAUUCAAUCAGUCAAAAUAGAGCUGAGCGAUAACAUAGCGGUUGUGGCACCAUCUUUAAUGACACAAAUGCUAAUAUCAGUCUUUCCUGGUAACGGCAACAACAUGUGUUUCAAAAAGAGACAUUCACAAUCAGCAAGGAUAAGCGAAAAAUUUAUGCUUGCAUGAAAAGUCUGAGAAUGGAAUGAUAUUGAAGUUCUGUGGGAUCAUGAGGAUUUUGCUUUCAUUUUGCUUUUCAUUUUAGAGAACGCAAAAAGCUACGUGUUGGAAAUAUUGAUCAAUGAAUAUCAAGUAGCAUUUUCUCCCUGAAGCAGAUAUGUGGCAUUUGGAAUGAAAUAAUUCAGUCCUUUGGAAUUAGACACGUCUCGGUCUAAGCUGUGCCAUCAGAUCCAGAUGUGCAUCAGACCCGAGCCUAAUCCUCAGCAGAACCAUAUGACUCUGGUGAUUUCGCUUGAUAUUCUGACUUAUAGGUUUUCUGUAUUUGUUUGCGCAAAACUCUGCAAAGAAUGAAACAUAGUGUGAUUACAACUUUGGCCGAGCCAUCAAGUUAUUGUCAAGCCCUGUCUAUUCUGUGCCAGUUAAAGCUGCCUGGCACCGGUUUGAGAUGGUGACAUUAUUUGGCUCUGUUUUUUAUGUUGAACUCCAAGAAGUCACAUCUGCAUGCUAAAAAUGUAAUCCAUCAAAUGAAUAAUCAAUGCGUUACUCCCAAGCAUGUUUGAAACCACGUAAUAACUUAGCCGGCCUUGAGUUUCCGCGUUUGUUUUCUUUAAUAAACUGACAUUGCUCCAGCUGAGCCACAGCAAAAGGGUCAGUGUUGCUGUGACAUCCACUACCCCCUUCCGGCCCGAACCUGCUUCUGUUGAGUCUUCAGCUGUGGACGGAUGCAUAGGACAGACGCGUUCUAGAAGGACAGGGGAUUUAACUUGGUGUAAAGAGUGGGGAAUUAUGAUCAAAUCUAGAUUCUGUGAGUCAUAGUCCUGCUAAAGUUAGCAUUUUGUGAGCCAACGUGUAUUUAUUUGUAGAAGAGCAAUGUGUAUGAAAAAUAUUGUUAGAAAUACCCAAGAAUACAACACUUACUCCACUUUGGGCUUGAUUGAAGUCAUCCUAACAUCAACAGGAAGCUACAGUUGCUACGUGGGUUGUAUACACAAACUUCUGCGGAUGCCAGACUGUGAUAUGACCAACAACUGCACGUAAUUGCUGUAAACAAAAAUACACAGGAGAAUAAAAAUUUGAUAUCACAACUUUCUGGGUUCUGUUUACUCACCCAGAGUUAGAUGAGCAGAUUUAAACCACUCUCUUAUCUGAGUUAGGAGUGAAACAGCAGCUAAGAGAUUGUUAGCUUAUAGCCUAGCUUAAAGAUGGAUGCAGGGCAAAGCAGCUAGCAGUCAUUUCUCAUAUUUGAGCCAAAAUUAAAUGACGGCAAUACAUUGUUGUUGUUUUUUCCUUUAGAUUCUCUAGACAAAAGGUCUAUUAGCAGGCCAUUUCUGGCAGUAAAAGUUGGGUUGAGAAGUAAUGAGUGAGACCACCAGUUUUACUCUUUACCCAGGAUUUCAGUAAAGCUGUGCUAACCACAAAAAUACUUUACUCUCUACUCUCUAUAGAAAAAAAAACAAACAACUGUAUCUUUAUAAUAUACCAAUGUGUUUCCUCCCAGCGUACUGUCAGUGUUUCGUUUUUAAGUAGAUGUCAUACAAAGAUUUGAGAAUUAUAUAUUGAUUGUUUGCUUCUUCUAUCCACAGGAGGCACUAUCAGUGGUAAGUGAAGACCAGUCAUUAUUUGAGCCUCCAUACGCUGCUGCUGCCCCUCUCCCCAAGACAGACAUGACUGCAUCUGGCGCACAAGACUACGGCCAGACCCACAAAAUCAACCCCUUACCUCCUCAGCAGGAGUGGAUCAACCAGCCAGGACGGGUCAACGUCAAGCGAGAAUAUGAGCACAUGAAUGGAUCCAGGUAUGGACUGACAACCACUUUAUGUCUUUAAUUGUUUAAAAAAGAAGCGUAUCUUAGUUUGACAAUGCACAUAAUAAAGGCUGCUGCCAUAUAUGUCGUCAAACUUGGCCAUGACAAAUUCAGAUCGCAUACCGAGAUCAAUGACAUGAAAAGAAAACACUCGAUUUACAAGCAGAAAAUAUUUUUUCAACCUUCUUCUCUCUGUGUGUUUUUGUAGCAGGGAGUCUCCUGUGGACUGCAGUGUGGGUAAAUGUAAUAAACUGGUGGGGAGUAACGACACUUCAUCUCAGAUGAACUAUGGAAACUACAUGGACGAGAAGAACGCCCCUCCCCCAAAUAUGACCACCAAUGAGAGGAGAGUGAUUGUACCUGCAGGUGAGAACAACUUUUCAACAACAACGCAAACUUAAGCAUUAGGAAAUAGUGUUAACAUAAACUUAAAUGUGUGUGGUUGUGUGUAUUUGUAUAUUCAUUGCAUAUUUUGAAAACUGUCCUGUUUUUUCCAUGCUGCUGUUGUGAUUAGUAAUAAAGCUACUCCUCUUUUGGGUAUAAUUUUGGAAAAGCUGUAAACGUUUUAUAGGUCCCAUUUCUAUUUAGCUGGUUCAUUGGGUAAACCAUUGUUCCAGUGUUUUAUGCCACUCACGGGAUCACUAAUGAGUUUGUGCAGGUAGAGAUGUGAGCUUGUUUGCCAGGUCCAUUUAUGAUUUUUAUUGGUUUAACAAAUUUGGUCUUUCAGUAUGUAAAAUCGGAUAGUUUAGGGAGUAACAAGUGCAGUCUCACUGUUAUAGCUUUGGAAAAAUUAACUCUAAUGUCUGAGCUGAUUAUGCUAUUAGACCUAAGCCAGAAAACCGAAGAGAAUAACAAUGUUUUCCCAUGAUUGAGCACAUGUGACAUAGUAAAAUUAAAUGCAGCUUUGGUACUUUUUUCCAUUUCAAAAGUUAUUGAAAUGUUAUUGCGAAACGGAGGCAAAGUGCCACUCAUCUACCAACCUAAUGGUGGUGAAUGUGGAUGCCGCUCCUUGGCCACGUGUAAAGUUCAGGGUUAGGUUUUGAAAUUUUCCUGCACCAUGUAUCAGAGUUGAGUCCAAGACUUACAAAUACCUUGAGGUUGAAAUGCAUUGCAAAAUUUGAACGAUAACAGGAGAAGAUUUCAGAGUCAAUACAACUGAGAAGAAGAUGUUCCCUUGAAACCCUAUAUGACUCAUCCCGCUCAUGCUAACCCCGUCCAUGUGGUAAAAAUAAAACAAAGAAUAUUUACAACUUUCCGAACAAGGUCUGCUACUGAUAUAAAACUCUGUUUCCAAUUUGUUCAUUUCUUCCCCGCACUUACCUUUCCAGAUAGGAGUCUCUUCCAACUCCAUCAACGUGUCUGUCCAGAAACAACUCUGUAAUGUAGUCAAACUUCCUCUCUCCAUCUCUUUAUCUGUUUACCUGCAGACCCAUCAUUGUGGUCCCAGGACCAUGUGCGCCAGUGGCUGGAGUGGGCGAUCAAAGAGUAUGGUCUGUUAGAGAUUGACACAGCCAUGUUCCAGAACACAGACGGCAAAGAGCUCUGCAAGAUGGGCAAGGAUGACUUCCUGCGGCUCACCACCAUGUACAAUGCUGAAGUGCUUCUCUCUCAUCUCAAUUACCUCAGGGAAAGUAAGUAUUGUGCACCCCAUAUUUGAGAAUAAACAGAUAAAUACAGCAGAAAAAAAAUACUUUAAAUGUACAUAGAAGUACGAGGAGAGCACUUCUAGUAACAUGUGUUCUUGGUGUUCUUGCUUUACAUCAUGUCUUCAGAGCUUGGCAUCCAUUUAGCUGAAAAAUGAGAGUCAAUCUACAUUUCAUAGACUUUUUUUACUUUGGGGGGAAAAAAAGUUAAAUAUAAAAGAGCCAAACCAAAGCAGUGACACUUAUUUUUGUCACCACACUAUACUCACAUUUCCAUCAACUUAUACCGUGAUAUUGCUUUUACUGGAAACUCAUUUCUCCAUAAUGGCAGCCCAGUAUUAAGCAAGGCUGUGGAAACCAAGAGGGUUCUUUCCAGUCUCGAGAUAACCAUCGACUGCAUCCCCCACUUGACUUUGCAGCGCCUUAUUCCACAUGGUCCAGAAAGAUGAAGGCCAGGUGCAUUGCCUCAGGAAUCACGCUAGGCCUUUUGUCUUCAGCACGGCAAAGAAAGUUGAUCUGCAAUUUGCAAUGGAGGCAACUAAGUCUAAAGCUCUAACCUUUGAAGAGUUCCCUGAUGCAAUCCUGGUUCAUAUGUUUUGGCGGGGAAACUAAGCCAUUUUGUGAGGCAGUAUGCAAAUGAUGUUUUAAUAUAAGAAGUAACAUCUGGCAUGGCUUUUGGUUUGAAUGCAUGGUGAUGUCUGGUUCCUACAACAGUUACACACCAUCGUCUUUUUGAAAAAUCACACGUACUGUUAUUGUUGGAAGUAAGAGAACACUUUGUGACUGAAUUCUUUGCAUUCUGUGCUUAAACACAGAGGAGGCUGCUUCUGCUGACACCACGUUGGGUGGAGUGACUGAUGGCUCAACUAAAUUUAACAUUACUCCCAAAAAACUGAGAUGGGCCUCAGUGUGAUGUAAUGGGAACUGUAUUUUGUGGGUGUCAACAGUUUUCUCUAUGCACAGCGUCUGGGCAAAGAGAGAUGCUUGUCAUGAGUAUAACAGCCUCAUUGUGCAGCGCUGCAGCGGGUGGAUCUGUCUGACCGCCACUGGGCACACUCCGCAGAGCAGUUUUCAUUACGGCCACUGGCUGUGGGACUUAGCCAUGGCUUAGGCGUGCUGCACUGCGACUUUGCCCAACGCUGCCCUUUUUUUGAUUUAGACCUUGUGUGUUUUGGAGACAGAAGAGAUGUCUCGGGAAUCCUCUCCACUUGCCAGUUGAAAUUGCUUUGGAUCGGUUCCCAACAAUCAAAAAGAUGAAUGCUCCCGUCCCGUGCCUGGACUGACUGACCUGUUUUGGGGCAGCUCUCUGAGACGCAGCCAGUGUGCAUUAUUGACAUAGGGAGCCUGGGGGCAAGAGGAACCAUGUUAGUAAAUGAACAUCCAAGGAAGACUGAGAGGAAGAGGAGGAGGGUGGAGGCUUAAUGUAGUCCCUGCAGGGCUGAUGAUUUGGAAACUGAAGCCGUUCUUUUUUCCCCCGCAGCACAAACAAACACAAUCACAGACAAGGAGUAACCCCGUCCAGAAAAUAGACCUCUGGCUUCACUCACAAGAGCUGGAAGUCUGCCGAGCUUCCAGAAUACAGAAAAAAGGGGAAAGAGAAGGCUGAGCCAAACCCUGGAAGUGUUAGUGAUUCCAGGUCAUGUGGUGUCUUCCUCGUAUCUCAUUCACCCAAUCUUCCACGCUUUACCCCCCAUCCUCCUCCAGAAAUUUGGAUGGUUCGAGGGGGUAAAGCAGCAUUUCAUGCACAUCUGUGUGCAUCAUGCGUGCCUUUUGUUCUGUUUAUUGAACCUUUGAUUAACAUUCCUCAAAGUCAUUAAGCCCUGUAUGUACACUCGGCACGGGGCAAGGACACGCUUCCCCACCCUACAGCCAUACGAUAACAAAACAUUCCUGCCACGUCAUGUUCAGAAAUAUCACGCAGACAACCGCGCUCGCGAAACCGCUGGCACAAUCUGAACAUCUGUCUGGUUUCCCAGCUGCUUACAGUAACAGGAGUAGUUGCCCAUGCAUUAUUUUGGCCUCAUUGCUGGUCACUUAUCCAAAUUUUUAUAAGUAAUGGCUGCCCGCACCCCAAUGUGCUUUCAAUUUGGAAUGCAAUUUGAGAAUUUGUUCAAAUUAGUCUGUCAAGGAGGGACCGCGGACUGUUUGCUUUAUCGCACCCAUGUAGGUCGGUUUGAUACCACAUGUGCUGGAAAAGGAACAGAGCAAAACCUCAGACAACGAAAGCCUGUAUCCUCAGACACAGAGAGAUGCUCGAAGGGAAAGAAGGAUGAGAAAGGGGGGAGGGCAUAAAUGAGUCAGAAGAAGGAGAGUUUAGAACAAAUAUACUGGGAAUCUAAAAUAACAACUGCAGAAAUUAGAUGAAGAAGGAGGUCCUUGACAGACAUAUUUUACGGUAGUUAUUUGAGGACAGAAGCGCGAGGGUGUAAGCAGAAGAAACAGUUAUAGUAGGCAUAUGUGAACCAGACAAAAAAAUGAAGCUGGGGAUGGUGGGGGUGACUGUUUUUUAAGAAUUGUGUGGAAAUUGUCCGAGAUGGUCGUGAUUGAGUGCUGCUGGAGAACAGCGAUGGUUCUGUUUCCCAGCUGUUGUCGUUGCUUGUGCGUCUGGAUGGAUUUACAGUGAGGGGAGUCAAGACCCAGAAAGAGAAAAGAGCGAGAGAGUGAUAAGUCUGGGCUUCUGCACUACUGCUGCUCGCCUCAGAGUGGGGGACAUUCUCGAGCCCUCAAUAGUUUAUACAGACCAUAAACAUCUGGGCUCGAAGGCUGAGUAGGGAAAAAGGAGGUCUGGAGAGCUCUGCCUCUCACUCUCUCUCUCUCCCUCUUCUCCCCUCACAACAUUUUUAUUGAGCUCCCCUUGCAUUAGUUCUUUCUAUUGGCAGAUUAUCACUGGUGCAGAGGGGCUCAGCAGUCUGGCUCCGGGCCUUUAGCUGUUAGCUGUCUGCUGUUAGCCUCCAUUACAGAGCAGUUUGUGGCCGCUCGCUAGACUGCUGGGGUGCAGACACUUCGCACUACAGGAAUUUAUGUACAGAUCACAUUAGCAUAAGUGGAGGUGGAUAAUAAGCAGUUACUAUUCAUGUAAACACUGAGAUGAGCUCAACUGUAAUUUAAGCUUAGCUGCUUAGAGGUUCAUUAUACUUGUUCUUUUAGCCCAGUUGCCAAUCCUGCAAAAGCUUGGAAUUAUGUCAGGAUUUUGAGUGUGUAUGUGUGUGUCUUUUUUGUGUCAGUUCAAAAACAAAAGUUAUAUGGCUGCAGUACCUGGCAUGCAUAUGGUCAAAAUAAGGUUAGGGGCAGACUGAGAUUGAAGUAAAUGGACUGUGGUUUUGUUUCUAAAGGAUUAACUCAAAACUGUUUCUGUCCUUGUUUGGCGAGGACAGUCUCAGAUUCAGCAUACGUCAUGUUUAAACAUUUGAUAUUUACGGUUUUAUUUCAUUCAGCAGCCACUUAAGUUCAGAAUAAUGGGUACAAGAAGGGUAACAACAUUAAUAAACGUCACAAACAGUUUGAGCCCAAUCAGACACAUGCUGGUAAGCAGUUCACACAGGAAGAAAAACACUAUUUAUCACAACUAAACUAAAUCUCAACCUAGUGGCGGAAGCUCAUGCUAAAGAAUGAUUUUUGUGAUGCCACAGAAAUACAUCUGUGCAAAGAGCUUUAGGCAUCAAUACUUGUCUGAGCAAGGUGCUAAAGUUUCAAGUCUUUCUCAUGAAAAAAGGGUUGUGUAAAGGAUUGUUAAUUUGUGUUGCUGAAGCUUUCCUCAGUGUUAAGCUGUUAUUUCAACCUCUCAUACUCUGCUGUCUUUCAAAGAGGUUCGCAGAAAGAUAAAACCUGUUGAAUUUAACAGCAAUAAUACACAUAAAAAUUGGUUUGUAAUCAUUAUUUAGCUGUUCCUGUAAAUAGUGCACAUGCCUACUCCAUAUGUGAGCUUGAGACUGUGUGAGUUGUUGUUGUUGUCUCUUUCUACGUCUCCUUCAAUCUUGACGUAGUCACAGAAGGUGGCUGUUCAUCAGGAUGUUGGUUCUGCUUGAGGUUUUUCUUUGCUACUGUAACUUGUUAAAUUCUGCAAAGUGUUAUACUCAUGGUGGAUUAAGAUAUGAUAGGAUUGAAUCUUAUCUCAAUGAUGGGUCUUUGUAAAUAUAAGUAUGGUCUGGACCUGCUUUUGUUGUAAGUGUCUUUAAAAAAGUUGUGAAGAUAUAAAUAAGGAUUGAUAAUAGCUUUGCCUUUGGUUUAUGGACAGAUUCAGCACAUGCCUGCAUGACUUGGUCACUUUAAACAUUUGCUCAAAUAGGAGAAAUAUGACCCUGUAAAUUGCUUUGCUGUUGUCUCACCUACAGUUCAUGUCUGCAUAGUUACUUGCUAAUGUAAGCCAUUAAUGACAAACCAGCUGGGGGGUGUACAUUGAAAAAUCCACGGCUGGUUGAUGGUUUAAGUCAAAGUCACCCAUUGGCUGCUAUGUACUGUUUGAAGCCAAGUUUGCAACUUGGUCAUAUCAACUUAAAACUUUUCUAGAGAAAUACAAAUUCAUGACUUGGAUUUAUGUCUUUGGAUUUAUAUUUAUGAUGUCAAAAGUGUUUGAUGUCUGCCUCAUCUCUUAGACCGUGUCAAAUCUGAGUUUUUCCACAGAUGAGAGGACAAAGCUCACAGCUGAAACAUGGUAAAAUUGAACUUGAAGUCCAUGUGGUACCAAUGCUAGAAAACAGUCCAUGGAAAUAUUAGAUCACAUAAUUGAUUUGACGUUUUUACAUUCUCAAUAAGUAGAAUAAAACAAACACAUCCAUAUACUACAAGUUUUUAAUAAUAGCUUUUAUGAACCUGGUUAAUACUGCCAAAUAUCAUUUAACAAAUAGGGGCAUUCGAAAUUUUUAUAAGGCAAUGCAUGAUUGUCUCUGAGAGCCUUUUGGUCAUUUCUCUCUCGGUGUGAAAUGAGCUACACAUAACAGCAUCACCCUAUAGAGCCAGAAAAUGAUGACUUACUGUUGGCUGCAACCCAUUUGGCCUCCUCUGUGGUGGCAAAAUGCCCAAAAUCAGGGUGACUGGAGCCCUCAGUUUGUUGACAAAGCUCAGACCACAUGUUUGAGGCAACAGUAUCACAUAGCUUUACAGAAUAAACAGCAAAGGGGGCUGAUGGAGGUCAAUCACAAUGCUGAACAAGCCUUCUAAGAUCUCCGUCAAUAUCAUAGGGGUGCCAAAUUGAUGGACAGGGCUUUUUUCUAAGGGCCUAUCAGUCUUAGGAGGGAGAGAAAAGAAAAUUGUUUGUGGAUGUUAUGUAAUCAAGCAGACUGUGAACAGAUGCGAUUGGGGAGGAAAAGAAAGAGUGAGGGUCUGAAAGGCUGAACACUGGCCAGUCCUCCCACUGUGCUGUCAGAUUACCGGGAUAUGUUUGUUUUCUGAGAGAAGGAAGAAGCCGUCCAAAUAAAUAGGCAGCACGGCCGGGACCCCCUCCACUAAAAAGUCAGCUGUGUCCCUCUCUCUCCUUCUCAGACUGGCUCUCACUCUCUCCCGUACAGCAGUCCUGAAUUUCUCUGUGGGGUGGUUUGAGGUUUUCUCAGCAAUGCUGCCUGUUUGCCUGUCUGGGUCAGCCCACAUAUGUGGCACACAGUAGGAAAAGGGUUAAUGGCCCCUUCCUCCUCCCUCCUCUCCCUCCCUGUCUGUCUGUUCAUCUUUCUCUUACACUUUCUGCUUCAUUCCAAAGAUGGCGCUUUGGUAGCUGGUUUGCCCCUGUGCACUUACACUCUGCGUGUGGAAUUAUUUUUGUUCGGGGAGCUGCGUUUGAUUGCUGUGCAGGGACCCGGCUUCAUACAAUGGCUCCCCUGUUCGGAGGCCCCCAGGUUUCUAAACUAGACCCAGAGCCUUGGGGGUGCCGCGGAGUAGGUAGAACUGGGAGGGGUGGGGUGUUGGGAGGUUAGAAUACAUUUUCGGAGCACCCCUUUCCCCCCUUCAGCCACCCCCUAAAAAAACAGACCCCUAGUCUGCCACCAUGGGCCCCUUACCCCCUGUCCUUCCAGCACCACAGCUAGUCAGACCCUGCAUCAAAUCUCAAGUGAAGCACAUCACAAAUUUAACUUUUUUUUUCCCUCUCUUUUUCAUAUAACCCCAUUCAAAAAAAUAUAUCCCCCUGACUCAGCAGCUCUCUGUAGCCAUCAUAGUGCUAAAUCUUAACACUCCCCACGUAGUAGGUCUUGUGUUUUCUCUGUGCAUUUUUGGCUCUGUUUUUCCACUCGCUGAUUUAUGCCUGGGGGCAGCUAAAAUUAAGAGAGCAUUUUGGUGCCGCCCAGGGUGCCUGUGUAAGUGCAGGAAUGCAGUGCCGAGUUCUGCUCCAUAAGGUGAAAUGAAUAGGCAGCCAUAUGCAGACUCUUGCCUCCCUGACUUUAUUAUUCAGGAGUAAGGAUUGCAGUUAAAACACUGACAGGCUCCAGGGUUUCCCCCUGCAUUUAAAGGACUGUCUGUGCUCUGGAUUUACUUUAUUUUGGACAAAAUUUAUGUGUCAUGAAUUAUUAUGGUACCUGGACUAUAUUUUUUUUGGUAGAAGCAGGAACACAAUUCAAGAAAUGAAAAGAGCUUUAUAGUACUGCAAAAUGUGCUGAACCUUCUACUGCCACCUGCUGGCUAUAUUUAUACCCUGUAAGCUUCUGACACCAGAUCUAGUAUAUUUGUACGUAGGAUUACUCUCACAAACAGUUUCCAAAAGAGUAAAUAAAUACGUAUUUGUUUGAAGAAACUUUUUUUUUUUACUCCAAAUCCGUAAAAGAACAAUAAAACUAAACAUAUAAUGCACACUUUAAGUCACUAGGUCAUAGUUUAAGAUUUAUCCAGUGCUUUCCUGUACUAGAUGGAGUCAGUCAUGGAUUAUAAUGCUUUCUUUUCUCUCAUUUUAUUACAGGUAGCUCAUCGUUAUCCUACAACACACCAUCUCACACAGACCCAUCGCCACGCUUGGCCUCCAAAGAGGGUAAGAACACAUUUUAUUAAAAUGUUCUGAGGGAUAUCCAGAUGUCUUCGAGUGUGCUGUUGGUACUGUUUACAGAAAGGGGUGAUGUGAGGUUGACAAAAAGAGAAAAAAGUAUGAAACUGUGAUAAACGUUAAGUCACUAUCUGCAAGUAUCAGACAUUCACGUACAAACAAAAACACACAAAAGCGCACACAAAGACCACUCACACAAGUCCAAACCACAAGCACUGAUGUCCCUGACAACGCUCUGUGCAGGUGCACCUUUUAUGAUUCCAAAAACAAUAUGAGCCAAGCAGGCCUUUUUUACUCAGCUCUGCUGCCUGUGAGCACACAUUCAAGCUCCGAAGUGCUUUUAGAGCAGAAACAUAUUAACAAGAGGACAAAAGCAGAGCGCUGAUCAGUGUUUCCACAACCGCAGGGGCGAGAACAGACGGUGAAUGUGGUGAUUAUGGCCGAGAAGCAGAGUGUAAGACCUGUGAAUGAGGUUGUUUGCUAGAGAGAAACACAUCAUGGACAGGUGCUAAAGCGACAAUGUAGAUGGUAAACAUGGCAGAAGAGGCCGAUUGCUUCUUUCUGGCCGGACUGGAGCUGAAAGACAGUUUGUUUGUGGUGCUCUUCAGUGUGGAGUGAUCUAAUGGCAAAUAAAUGCUGCGAAAAAGGCUUUUGUCAUCAUCAUCAUCAUGGAGCUCCUAAAGCUUCAUCAUUUUGCACUUUUCAUGUGAUUUAAUGUUCUGCUAUUGUUCAUUUUGUGAAACAUAUGCGCCUUUAUUUUUAAUAAUAUAUUUGGUCCUGGCUUGGGACUAUAAAUCUUUAUCAAUGCUUUAAUGUAUUACCGAAAUGUUUUCUGAAGAAGACAUCAUUAUGUGAGUCUGUGUUGUCUCAUUUUUAUUAGAAACAAUUUAAUAUAAAAAUGAAAGUCAAGUACAGCGUUUUUUUUAUGUUGUUUCUGAGUUCUUUGUGUUUUAUUUUAUAUUCCUCAAAGAUAUAGACUUGAACUUUAUAAAAUAAACAUAGAGGAAAAGUUCAUUUAUUGCCUUAUUUCCAUGGCAACGGUAGAUUUUAUGUUGUGUAAAAGUCACGUUGAGAUGAGGUUCGAAUAGUUCUCUGUUUAUUUGAGCUGCUUGACGUCUAAGUUUGUCGUAUCUAAAGAUGUAAUACUGAGAAAUCUACAGCUAAGUUUAAAUGCAGCCGUCAUACUAGACCUGCUAGUGUUGAUAGUGUUGCACCAGAAAAACUCGAGAAAAAGCUGAGCUGAAUUUCUAAGAACAACGCCCACAGCAGCCCAGGAUGAAUGUCUCUUUCCUCUGGAUACCUUUUCACUCUACAAACAUUAUUUUUGCUGACACAACCUCAACUCGCUUAAGCCUGCUUGGCCUAUCUGUAAAAAAAAAAAAAAAAAAGCUACACAUCCUUUACAUCGGCUAUAUGGUGUCACCACCAGAGACGGGAGAAAGGACUGCAAUAACAGUGAUAGCCCUGCUCACAGGAUGAGGGGCCCUAUCAAGGCAGGCCGAGAGGAAACACUAGGUCUGAUAAGUGUCCCGAGAAUGCCCUCUGCCUCUCUCUAUCAGCUCCAAUGGUGAGCAUUAGUCGGCUGUGUACUUGUCCUCGCCCUGCUUCAAUACCAAUAGAGCAAUGGGCAGGCCAGAUAAGAUUCUGCUCAGUCACCCCCCGACCCCGGUCUUCCUGGUUCUCAGCGCCAGGUAUUUGGACUGGCAGGAAUGAAGGGUCACUCCCUUCAACAGCAUUUCCCUUUCACAAGAGGUGACUGCUAUUAUGGGCUUCAACACUGAGUGCGUUGCUAGCUGCGUCUCGUGAUCCCAGCUAAUCUGCAGACGUUAGCUGGGAGAUAUAUUUUUAGGAUAUUAUUUUUUAAUUACUCUAAAUAAAUGCCACUUAUUAAAGAAAUUCUAUACCACCUGAGACAAGUUUGAUCAGAAUUUCGAGUCAAAUUCGAGUCAGGAGUUGGUGCUUUGACAAUAAAAGAAGUUUCGCUGCAGGAUAAUCCUUUAUCAACCUUUUCCCAGAGCUCAAUCGCCAGAUGUUCAAGUUCUUAUUGCCUUUAGAGAACAGUCAAAUACCAUUCGGGCUCUUUGGGGUAGAGUAAGCAUGAGCAUGCAGCAGGAGACAACCCUUAAUCUGCUCCAGACUCGGUGGUGUAAAAUGCAAUGUUAUGAAUAAAAGAGAGCAUAUAAAACACGGAAUGCAGCAGCUAUGAAAAGGAGUGUGUGCCUCUGUUCGUGUGUGUGUGUCGAACGUCUGUGUCUACUAUAUGCCUGUGGAUAGGCAUGUGUGUGUAGUUGGAAUCCUAAAUGCCUCAGUGUAGCAUCUGCUACCCUUUGAAUUGAAAUUGCUUUCGAGACCAUAUGUUGUAAAGUUUGUAUAUUGUAUGUCAACUUUGUUAUUCUAUUUCAAGUUUGUUUAGAGUCAUCUUUUCCCCUCGGUGACUUUUUGUGCCUUUUUUUUUUUCAAGUCCUAGCUUCUGUUUGUGUUGCUGCUAUGACAUUUUGGAAUUUUUUAUAAUUUGAAGAAAGGACACUCAUAUUCUCCGCUGCUUCUUUCCUCGGUGAAUGAGAAAAAAUGAUGGUGAUGAUUCACUUCUGUGAAUAUAUUUGUUUUUCUACCGCGUCAAACUGGCAGCUCAUCUUGGAUUGAACAAGCAGUGUCUUAUUUAUAAACCAGAAGCUGAAUGUUUCUUCCCUCUAGAAUAAAAGGAUUACAUAAAGGUCAAGUGAUAACCAUGUGUGUGCCCCUUGCCCUCUCAUAAGCAUGGAUGUAUUUGCGGUGUUACAGUGCCUCGGAGGGGUUACUCAGCUGAACCCCACAAACUCUUGUUUUGUGUAUAACUCUUCUCCUCUUGCAGCUCCUUCCUCGCACAGAUGGUUUUUAAGGCACCUGUAUUACGGGUAUUAAAAAAGUUUACUCUGUCUGGGUCUCUCUCCUUGGCCCAGACUCUAGGUUAAAAACAGUACAUGACUCGAUAAUCGCCUUCCCUCUCUCUCUCUCUGUCUAGCCACCCUCUGUGCUCAGUUGUUCUUUCUCUCCCACUCUAUCUCGCUCUCUCUGUCACUCUCAGUGUCUCUCUGCCUCUCCCUCUCUCUCUCUGUCUAGCACUCGGGCCUUGUUUUGACUAACUGGUCCUGCAGUCAAAGUCUCCCAGGAGCGUGCACCACACCCCAGACCAGAGUGGAAACUGGCUCAAGUCGCAGUCAGAGCGAGGCCUGGAAAAAUGAAGGAGGGGAGGGGGGGCUGGGAAGAGGCUCUGUGUGUGCACAUUCGGGUCUGUGUGUCUGUGUUUGUAUGGCUGGCUUGGUGGAGCACCCCCUGACCACUUAGCUUUGUACAUUUUACCUCUGAUUCUUCUUCCUUCCUUUCAACUGUCCUGCAUUCGACUCGGUCCCUUUAACCCUAAAACUGAAUGACGGUGUCAGUAAAACACUUUACGGUGACUUUACUCACUUGCAUGCUGUUGUUUUGGCAGUUAAUGUCAUUUUCUGCUCAUAACUAAACCGCAGGUAUCCUAAAAGGUAGAAGAGUCCAUUUUCCUGGGCAUCACAUCCAGCUCAUACCAGACGGUAGCAGGGUUUGCUGCCAUUAUUUUCUUUUCAAAUUCCAAUGUUGUGUUUCGUCUGACUCCUUUUUUUUUUGUUAUUUUUCUUCCCCCUCUCUCACGUUUCUUCUUCUCUCCUCUCUUUAGCAACACUUUUCAUGCAUCAAGUCAGCUCUCAUCUUUCUCCCUCUGCUUCUCAAUAAAACUCCUUUCUCUUUCUGCACUUUCUUUACAUUCUGUGCUUAUCCCCCCAUCAUCCCCUGUUUGUCACCCCCCCUCCAUCUUUGCACGGAUAGAGGUGGCCCCGGUGUGUUUUUUGGGGUGGUGGGGUGGGGAGUGAAUGGGGGGAGGUGGGCUGGUGGUAAGUAGAGGGGAAAAAAGGGCCAGUAAAACAAAGAGAGGUUGUCUGCUAGCGAGGCAGGCAGGAAACGCAAGUCUCACAGGACUCUCCCCCAGUUGCUGCUCCUUGGCUAUCCUGCCGGCCCACACCAGAUUGAACCUGACAGCACUGCUGAGCCACGGCAGCCCGCUUAUUAUUUGUCCCUUUCUUCCUCUUUGUAUCUCACUUCAUAUUGCGCCGUCGUUGUUUUGAUUUGUUUAAUCACAUUCGAAUUUAUUCCUUUUUUUCCUGUGCUGCAGUCUCACACCUUUAAUUACUUUACAUAUAAGGUUUUCCACUGUCAUAUUCAUUGCCUUGCUUUCUUACUUUGAAACAAGAACACCUCUCGUCUAGAUAUGAGUGCUUUGCUGAGAAAAAAAAAAAAAGUCAGGGGUUAAAAGUUGAGAAGUCUAAAAUGAGUGAGACCCCCUGAGCAGCAGAAAGCAUUUGCAUUGGGGGGACAUAGUUUUUGUAAGUAGGGAAAGAACAAGGCGGCGAAACAUCCUUUGAACGUAGCACAGGACUCGUAAUUGAAUUUGAAGUUUUUUCACUCUUUCAUGUGUGAAUUAAGAAAACUAGUAGAACAAUACAGGCUUUGUUCGACAAGUUACCGUGCAGUCUGUGAUGUUGUGUUUGCAAAGACUUUCUUUGUAGGGUUCAGUUCUUCUGAAGGAGCCGCAAUUUCAUUUAGUUUACUGAGUAUUUUGAAUUUGAAGAAAGUGAAGGUGUCAUCAUGAUUUGUUCCACAGGAGGGCAGUGUUGUACAGGGUUUAACUGUGGCUGUGCAUGCAGUUGAAGCUGAUGAUGAAUUACUUGUCACUGAAUGCCCCUCUGGAGUGGUUGUAUGAGGUUAAUAGGUCAAGAUUGCAGCUUUCAAUUUUGCAGCUUGGUUUUGUUUCGUGUUGUGCACGACAUAGAACAAGACAGAGCGAUAUGUGAUAAAGGGGAGAAGAGUUGUGCUGCAAGGGACAAGAAUUCCAACAACAGUGGUCAGUGGAGUCCGCUGUUGUUGUUUAACUAAGCCUUAGCAGCGUUUAUGUCUGUGAAUUACAAUUUAUAAUGAUGACAAGGGGGUGGAAUAUGACCACAUAUGCACAAAGAGGGUGAGGUAUAAUGUAAAGUGAUCAUGGAAGUUAACUAUAGGAUUGACAUCACUACUGAUCAACAUGCUAGACCAUCAAAUUUUGCAAAAACACUCAGCUAUUUAAGCAUCCAUAGGAAGAAUUCUCCUCUUAGCUGAGUUUGGAAUAAUGGGAAUCCAGACACCAAACUCUAAAAUUGAGAAUACUCAGGGUGGGCACCAAAUAAUAGGAUGUCCUCACCCUUUAUCCCUUUACCUGUUUAAAUAGGUCAAACAGCAUCCUCUGUGUUACCCAAGAGCGCAUAGCUAGCUUUCGCUGUUGUCAGCGCUGUGUUGGCCUUGAUAAUAGCAUUCCCAAAACAGCAGAUUAAAGAAAAAUAAAAUCAACCUUAGUAAGUCUAAGAAAAUCAAAGAGGGACUUGUCAACAUAAAAUAGAGGCAAUUACUGCAGGCAUUUCAAAUGUUGCACAGUGUUAAAAAUUCAGAGUCAUCUUCUCAUUAAUUAAAAUCCCAGGGUACUUCUAGUGCCUUUAAAGUCUAGUCUACCACUUGUCCCCUGAUACUCUGAGGAGGAGCUGUAAGGUGACGCUCGGAAUCGAUACACUUGUUCAAGUUUUGUUCAUGUUUGGUCAUAGAAAUGCACCGUCACACUUUAACAAUGUGCUUAUUCACAAAGGGCAGGACCACUGCUGAUCUGAAUAGCGCUGGGAAAACUGACUGGAAGAAUUAACGGCAAACUUCAAACACAUUCAUUGGGACAAGUCCACCCAUUUUUCCAUGAAUUUUCACACAACUGAUGAUGACCAUUUCAACUAAAUGUGGAUUUAAUCCCAUUCUCUGAAUCCCUUUGGACCAAAAGAUGAAUUGUUAAGUUGGUUGGGACUGUUGGGAAAAGUUCUGUUUAAGUAAAGUUGCCACAGAUUUGAGUCAUACAUUUAUAUCCUCAGUUUUCUUGUUCAGUGGCUGGUGGCUUAUAGGCUUGCAUAAAUGCACCUGUUCAAACUAAAUAAUUUGUUUUCUUGUGUUUAAAAAUACAUGAAUAUUCAUAUCUUGAGAAUAAACACCUACACGUUUAAAUUUACAUACAUACAUCACCCUCUGAGAGCUGCUCACUCUCUCGCCUCACAAUGGAUCAUUUAACUAAACAAUACAGGUAGUUCAACAGGUAUCUUACUGUAGAAAAGAGGAAAAAAAAACGUAUAAGCUUUUCUAUGUUUAGGCAGAGACCUGAUGCUCUUUGUUAGCCACCCUUAAUGUCAUUUUACACCAGCCAGCUGCUGAACCGGUACAUUUAAAAAGCCAAUGUCCACUUUGUCCCAUUUCUCUGUUCAGGUUUUUCAAAUCCAAAGAUUUAAACUGUCAACUUUGAUUGUCAGUAAGCCUGCUACUCAAAAAGUCCACCUACACAGAUGGGAAACAUGAUUGCCUCUUGACCUUCUAACAGCUUGCUUAUCUCAGCAACAGCCUCUGUCAUCAGCAUAACAUCGUCUCCAUUUGCUGCCCUGUGAGAGAAACACUGCUGACAAAAAGAUUUGCAGAUCAUGAUAACCCUGUGAAUAGCAUGUUGCACACAACACAGAGUGGCCACAGUAUGCAUCAUAUUUCCCUGUGUUCUGGCAACUGUUUGAACUGGUUUAGCCCCUAAUAAUAGAAACCAUCAAGGGCACUGUCCAGGUGCACAGUGAGUAUACCAGGGUGUUUUUGAGACCGCACCAGGGGAACGAUACAUCCUCUGUUUUUUUUAUCUGCUUGUGUCAGUGUGAUUGAUUGUGACUGGAAGCAGUCCAGCUCACACUCAGUCAGGUUUGAACUGCAGACACACAGCAGGUACAGCCCAUGCAACAGUUUGGCUGUUUGUCAAGGUUUUAUUAAAGCAGCCUGCGUCGGGGAGAGGGAUGAGGGUGAAUAUCAUGUGCAUGAAUUGUCUAUGUGUGUGUGUCUUUUGUACGUUAAUUUGCACAAGUCCUUUCAUUUGUGGUCAGAGUGUUGUAAGCUGCUUAACCGACUGUACCCUGUCAAAGAUUGAGCCACCAUCACUUCAACUAUCUCAGUGUGCCAAACAAAAAACGUGUCACAAUGCCCAGAUAUCCUGUGAGGAGCACCUUGUACCAUGUUUUGAUAGAUUUAUUAAUGCCACUAGGCACCGGUCUGCAAGUUUUUGCAGUUGAAGCCUUAUGGUGGGUUAGCACAUUGCGGGAUAAGAUCCAUAUUUAGCCCUUACAAAAUAUAUUCACUGUUAAAUAUGUUGCAGUAAUACAUUCUCAAACCUCCCUUUCUUUUCUGUCUCAUUGUCAGAUCCAUCAUAUGAUGCUGUACGGCGGACAGGAUGGUCAAACAACAUGCACAGUGGCAAAGGUGAGGCAUUUCUGUUGUACCGACUUGUAUUCUGGUACCAACGGUGAAUGUUGUCAAUAUAUGAAGUCUGCAUCGUACCAGAGGCAUUUUGGACAUCCACAGUGUAGAAGAGUAGUAGCUAUAGAGUGAGGAUUACUGUUGUGUCGUUCGCGAAUGAUUCAUUCAAAAGAACCGAAUCUUUUAAGUGAACAUACCAAACCAAAUCACUCCCUGACGCAAUCGCAAUAAAAUAUCAUUUCAUUGAAAAAUCACUUCGUCUUUCAUUGCAUCAAAAUCAGAAAAACACUUGCUGAAAUAUCCAUGAAUUUCACUUAAUUUACCAGGUUGUGACUUUGUUUUAGAUGUUUCUAAUAUCAGGAGCAGGGUCGUAAUGUUUGCCGAUUGUUUGUUUUGCCGAUUCGUGUAGCUUACAGCACAACAGCUCCUUGUCAUUUUAUUUCCCCGUUGACUUCGCUAGCAAACAAAUAAGAAAUGUCCCGCUUUACCUGCGAUGACGUUGCACAGAAACCCGUCUAAAUCACGCAGCAUUAUUGGGCGAGCAGCCGUCGAGCGAGGGACUGCACACACUGACGCCUGAAUCACUUGGUGAACGAAUCACGCAGUGAACUACACUCUCUGGAAUCAUUUUUGUCUGAGGGAUACACUUUCAUGGCGACCGUUGUUUCCCAUUGUUUUAACAGAUUUAGUUCCCAAUUAAACAAAUGUAAAACAUUACGCUGUGAGUAAUGAGAAGAGAGGGAGUCGAAGUCACAGGCUCCUCCCGCCAAACCCAAAAUGAUUUGAUGAAUCAGCGAACAAAUCUUUUGAACAAAUCUUUUUAGUGAACUGAUUCUAGUUAUUCAGUAAAUCUCAAAAAACUGGCAUGCCCAUCACUAGUGGAGAUUACCGCCAUGUUGGCAUUAACAGACUGUCCAAAGAAGUCAGUCCAGCCACCAACUGCUGCCUUAUUUGCUUUGGUUGUGACUUCAUGCUGUGGAGGGUUACCGUACUGAUGUUGUCUCUCAACUUUCUCUCUCCUUUUGCCUCUCGGCAGGCUCACCAGUGGUUACCCAGAAUGUGACGAAGACCACAGAGCAGCCCAGAGCUCAGCCAGGUAUAAAACUAUCAAGGAUCUUUCUUGAUUUAUUAUUUUACUUUGUUGCUACACAGCCUAAGAUGAAAACUUUGAAGCAUUGACACCAGCUUUCCUUCACGGUCCCCUGCUUGUCCUUGUUUUAAAUUCCCCUCUUUUUUUAUAAUUGGCAUUGUACCUUGGCAAUAUUAACAAAACUUGUUUUACUUUUUGCAGUGUGUAAUACAAAUCGGGCCAUUUGUAAAAGUUAAUGUAAGAAAAUGUAAUAAAAACACUAUCUCUGAAUAAAAGAAGUGCAGAGAUAAAUGUGGUAACAAGUGCUUCACAAGCACUUUCCCAUCGAGGACUGAAUAUUAGUAGAUUUUUUUUCCAGCCUUUACAUCUCUGAGCACAUUCUCAUUUUCAUGGAUCAGUUCAUUAUUUAAAGGAUGUGCAAAGAAUAAAUAUCCCGACACAUUAUCACAAGACUCAUACUUCGCCAGUAUUUGUCAAUUAUUUUUAGCUCUCCUUGAAACAUGAUUUCACGGGUAGAAUUAGACAAGACCUCAGCUGCUGUUUAGACACUGCUCAUUUCAUUACACCGUCAUACUAAUAAGUAUAAUGAGUCUUUCAUUUUGCCACACAGUAGACAAAUAAAGCUAUCCUUUUGUUCACAGAUCCUUACCAGAUUCUGGGUCCAACCAGCAGUCGCCUUGCCAACCCAGGUAAGAUUUUAGGCGAACUUCAGUCUUAUAAUAACUCUGCAGUGCUUUGGAAUUAGUUGCUAUGGGAGUUUCUUAAAAAAUGUCCUUUAAGGCAAGAUGUAUUUGUAGGUUCUCGUUCAUCUAGGUCAUGGUUAUCCAAUUCUUUGUUGAAAGGGCAACUCUCUUGCUCUCUUCCAAAAGGCUUCUUCACUUCUAAAGUGAAUGGGGCUAAAGUUGGAAAUGAUGAUGACCAACAGAGGCUAUAAAUUUCUAGAUUAGGCUCUGGUCACUUUAGAGCUGAAAAAGUCUUUUUGAAGAAGGGCGCAACAUCUUCAAGAACAACUCCAGUUCCCCUUUCAGUGAAGAAUUUGUCCUUAGUGGGACAUCAAGUGAGGGGUGAAUAAUCGUCUCUUUUUCUAUUAAUGUGGCUCCAUGAAGAUCAUUGUUUGUGUUUGUGUCCACCAUCAGGCUCAGGUCAGAUCCAGCUGUGGCAGUUCCUUCUGGAGCUUCUGUCAGACAGCGCUAAUGCCGGCUGCAUCACCUGGGAGGGAACCAACGGCGAGUUCAAGAUGACAGAUCCAGAUGAGGUGGCCCGGCGCUGGGGUGAACGCAAAAGCAAGCCCAACAUGAACUAUGACAAGCUGAGCCGCGCACUGCGCUACUACUAUGACAAAAAUAUCAUGACGAAAGUGCACGGCAAGCGUUACGCCUACAAGUUUGAUUUCCACGGCAUCGCUCAGGCACUGCAGCCGCACCCCACUGAGUCCUCCAUGUAUAAGUACCCCUCGGACCUAGCCUAUGUGCCUUCCUACCACGCCCAUCAGCAGAAGGUCAACUUUGUAUCCCCACACCCUCCAUCCAUGCCUGUAACAUCCUCCAACUUCUUUGGACCCACUGCUCCGUACUGGAGCUCGCCCACCGCAGGCAUUUACCCCAACCCAAAUGUUCCCCGCCACCCCAACACCCAUGUGCCGUCCCACCUGGGUAGUUAUUACUAAACUACCCAGUCUUACCUUCACCACCUCCCAAACCUCCUUUUGCCCCAACAAAGUCCACAAUUGCUGACCUGCACUCACAAUGAUGCUGAACCAAUGAAGACUUUGUUGAGAGAGACGUAUUUGUCCUCUGAAGAAAUUUUGCUACUUUAUGAAGGAUGAUUCAAAUGUAGGAGAUUUUUGUUGUUGUUGUUGUAAGGAUCUCAAACAACUGGAUGCUAUGGUCUAAAAUGGAAUACUACUUACCUUUACAAGACUAGCGACUGUUUGUUUAUAUUUUUCAAAUAUGCAUCUAAGUUUCCUGUGCCUUUCUGUUUGUGUCCAACAGACAAAUGCAACUAUUGGUGUUCUUACCCAAAGCCUUUUCAACCUGAAGCCUACGGCCAGGGUGAACAUCUGAAAUCUGUCUGCCUCCUUGCAAUACCACAGUACCAGACAUGGGCCUAAUAUUUAUGGGUCUCAAUCUACAUCCUUAGUACAUUAUGCACAUUAUGCCUUAAAUCAUCUAUCUUUUUCCACUCUUCUACAGCUCUGUAGGGAUUUCCUAUACCCACCACUUCCAGCCCUCUGUUUCCACUGUCUCUGUCUGCUUGUCUGUCCAUCUGCAUCUUUUUAUGUGUGUGUGGAGAGUCUUCUGAAAUUCGUUGGACAAGGAGGAGCUCUCAAAGAGAUGGACUUUUCUCAGCACUGAAUGAAAUUUGGCAACUGGAAUAUGCCAUUCACAUUUAAUUUAUCCUCCAAACUGGAAGGCCAGAGAAGAGUUAAAUGCCAGUGAAGGAAGCGCUGUAUGUUUUGCUGACCUGGGUCAACCUAGUUACUGAAAAUGCUCUUUUAGUGUUGUGUGUGCAGUUCAAGAUGGCUGAGGUGUACAGUUGACUCCACUGUGCAGGGGAAGCUGAGGCAGGACAUAAUUGAAGUAAUCUGCAACAAUAAUUCAACCCAGGUCAGAUGUUUUCAGGGGGCCACACACUAGGCUAUUAGAUGUUUGCCAUGUUGUUGCCUUUUAGCCAAGCUAUUUCCAGAUGUUUUGUUGCUCGACCAUGUCAGUAUUAAUGUGAAUGUCUUCUGGUUUGUGAAACAUGUGUAAAAGGGAUACCCUGCAGCAAAAUCAAAAUUUGUCAGAUGUUUUUAUUUUGUUGAAAAAAAAAAAAACUAGAUUUCAGACGCCCUGUUUGCUGUACACAUCAUUAUCUAGACUGAAAAAGGGCCUUUUUGCAGAAGUGUUGAUGUAGAUGUUAUCUUCAGAAAAAGACUAUGUGCUGUUAGGAUGUUUUUCUUAUCAUUAAGUGCCUGACAGUGCCACGAAUGCAUCCUAUUUUAUAACGUUACUCAGACAAACAUAUCCUUCACAGUGCCUUAACUGCUGUUUUAUAUCAUAUGCUUUUUUUUGUAUUUCUAUGACACAAACUAAUUACAUCCUAAAUGCACGAUCACAUAAUCAUCAUCUCCUUGACUUACCAAAAAUCUGACACUUUUUGAUUUUGACGUGCACCCUGAAAGUAAUGGCUGCCACACUGUCUCUUUCCUCUUCAUAGGCCAGUCAGGACCGUAGGUCAGUACAGAGUGGAGGCCUGGCAGUAAAUCAUGCUGAUGGACAGUUAAGUCGCAUUUUACCAGGGCUGGAUCCUAGUUUGCAAGCAGGAGAUGUGUUUGAAUGUUAGUGUCUCACUGAUCUGAAGCCCAGCCAAAUGCACAUGAUUCUGGAGUCAGGAUUUUUAUCAUAUCAUUACAUAUCCAUCUUCAGGUGGUCAUGGCUGCAAAUGUAUUCCUUUUAUGAAUGAAUUACUUAGGACUAAGUAGUCUAUCAGAGAACAAAACCAACAAAGUUUGACAAGAUUAAACAAAUAAAUCCUCAGAUUCGCAAACGCUGUGCGUUUGUCAGACCUAUUUUGUACUAUUUUAUAAGCAUCAGACAACUAGGCAUUAAAGCAACUUACUGUAUAAAUUAUGCAGAGUUAUUUUCAUAUGUGACACAGUAUAAAAAGUCAAGAGAAUUAAUACGAGUUGACCUCGGUCAAAAAUGCAAACCUUUUAAGUCCAUUUCUGCUUAGUAGUUUGUUCAGCAUUGUAAGCAUUUUAUAUCUGUACAUUUGGGCAAUACAUGUUACCAGUUUUGUAUUUUGUAAUUGUUAUAAGUUCUGAAAUUUGGUUGUAACAUCCUAAGUGAAUUUAUGCACAGAGGGUAUUUUCUGUUAUUUUAUGACCCACAAUAGUCUGCUUAAAUCAUAAUCCAAUAGCCGGGGAUUCCUUUACUCUGUAUGCAACAUGAUGGAUCUUUUCCAUUGUGAAUCCAUUUUUAUGCCAAAUAGCCCUGGGUGGCUUUUCCUGUUUAUUCAAGAAUUUCAGGUAUUUUAUGCAAAUAAUACAAGCAUUGAUGCUAUUCACAACUUCUCCUGAAAAAUUCAUGGCUUUACUAGAACAAAGAGAGGGGAUGUGUUAUGUGUAGCAUAAAGAAAUUGUUCUAAUGAACCUUUAGCUUUCAUGUUUUAUAAGCAUUAUCCAUGGAAGGGGAUUUGUGCUACUUCGUAUAUGCAAUGUAUUUUGGAUAUCAAAUAUAUAUAAAUAUAUAUAAAUAUAUGUGUAUAAUUUUACAAUUAACCAAUGUAUUAUUUUUAUUGUCAUUUCUGCAAUGUAUGAAGUAUUACCUUUUGAAAAAGGGCUUUUGUAUAGGAAAAUGUGACAAAAUAAAUGUUUUUACCUCUUAAGUCUUUGACCACA